CCCCUUUAAUGGGGCUGAUUACGGUGAUGUUGCCUCCCAGCCCUCUCUCCUCCUCCUCCCACUGCUCACAUUGCUGCUGCCCCUGUGUCCUGCUAACAGCAGCCACGUCACCCGCCAGCUGCGGAGUCCGAGAGCAGCAUUGGUGCAGCAGCAGGAGCAGGGCUCUAACCCCCGGGCACCCACUGGGCAUCCAGGGAAACCCCACAUUGGUUCUGCUGCACAGUUAUAGCGGGUUAUAUACUGUAGUCGCCCAUUCACACAAAGUUGGGUUAUUCUGUUUCAGCUAGAGGUAAUAGUAAACAGCGACUGUGGGAACUUCGCACUUCUGUAACUACCUCCAGCCGCUCGCUAACUGCAGACUGCGCGGUAUACACCGCGGUUUCAUGUGUAAGCAGCGCGGGUGACCUGUGAAUGCGGUUACAGUAGUCACUUUAGUGGGAGCCCUUACUGAUCGUGUUGGUAGUAGCGCUUUCAGGUCACUUUAUUUGCACGAAAAAUGAAUCUUUUUAGAAUUCUCGGAGAUUUGUCCCAUUUACUAGCGAUCAUCAUUCUGCUGAUGAAAAUGUGGAAGACCAAGUCGUGUGCUGGCAUAUCAGGAAAGAGUCAGUUACUGUUUGCCCUUGUAUUUACCACACGUUACUUGGAUUUGCUGACCACGUUCAUAUCCAUCUAUAACACGGUUAUGAAGGUCGUCUUCCUUAUCUGCGCAUAUAUCACAGUUUACCUAAUCUACAUAAAGUUCCGCAAGACUUACAGCACAGAGAAUGACACAUUUCGACUGGAAUUUCUAUUGGUGCCAGUAAUUGGGCUGUCCUUCCUUCACAACUAUGAGUUUACACAUCUGGAGAUCCUGUGGACAUUUUCCAUUUACCUGGAGUCAGUGGCCAUCCUGCCACAACUCUUCAUGAUCAGUAAAACAGGAGAAGCCGAAUCUAUAACUACUCACUACCUCUUCUUUCUUGGGCUUUAUCGUUUGCUGUACUUAGCCAACUGGAUCUGGCGUUACCACACAGAAAAGUUCUACGACCAGAUAGCUGUGGUCUCGGGAGUUGUGCAGACCAUAUUCUACUUUGAUUUUUUCUACCUCUAUAUCACUAAAGUUCUCCGUGGAAAGAAGCUGAGUCUGCCUAUGCCUGUGUAAUGGACUAGGUCUCCUGAACAUGACAUCCGGACUCAUGCCCUCAUCAAUCAUUCAUGGACUUUAAAAGAGAGCAACUUCACUCCUAAAAAUGUGUGCUCCAUUAACUCUUUCCACAAUGGGACAAUGAUGGUACACUUGGUUUUCUAUAAAUGUAAUAAAAUAUAUUUGGUAUA